GACGCGGGAGGGGAUACGUGCUCGGAGGGGACCUGAGACACAGCUCAGGGUCCCCCCCUGCCUUGCAGGGCCACCGAGUGCGGCCCAUGCCCUGGGAGCGCCGAGACCCUGGCUAGCGCCUGUCCAUGAGGGCCUGGUGCCCAGACCCCCCUGCUGGGUUUCCACCUUUUCUCUGUGCCCAGGGUGGCCGGGGGAGGGGGCAGCAUGGCCCAGAGCAGGCGGCACGCGGCCCCCCGGACGCAAGGCGGCAGCAGGAUGAGUGCGGAGGCCAGCGGCCGGCCCCUGCGGGUGGGCUCCCGAGUGGAGGUGAUUGGGAAAGGCCACCGAGGCACUGUGGCCUAUGUUGGCGCCACCCUCUUUGCCACUGGCAAGUGGGUAGGUGUGAUCCUAGACGAAGCCAAGGGCAAGAACGACGGGACUGUCCAGGGCCGGAAGUACUUCACGUGCGAUGAGGGGCAUGGCAUCUUCGUGCGCCAGUCUCAGAUCCAGGUGUUUGAAGAUGGAGCAGAUACUACAUCCCCAGAGACACCGGAUUCUUCUGCCUCUAAGGUCCUCAAGAGAGAGGGAAGUGAUUCAGCUGCAAAGACCAGCAAACUGCGGGGAAUGAAGCCUAAGAAGGCCCCGGCAGCCCGAAAGACCACAGCUCGGCGGCCCAAGUCCACUCGUCCAGCCAGCACCGGGGUGGCUGGAGCCAGCAGCUCCCUGGGGCCCUCUGGCUCUGCAUCAGCAGGAGAACUGAGCAGCAGCGAGCCCAGCACCCCAGCACAGACGCCUCUGGCCGCCCCGAUCAUUCCCUCACCGGCCCUCACCUCUCCCAGCACCACAGCCCCUCUCCCUUCCCCGUCCAAGGAGGAGGAGGGCCUGAGGGCUCAGGUGCGAGACCUGGAGGAAAAGCUGGAAACGCUGCGUCUGAAGCGGGCGGAAGACAAGGCCAAGUUGAAGGAGCUGGAGAAGCACAAGAUCCAGCUGGAGCAGGUGCAGGAAUGGAAGAGCAAGAUGCAGGAACAGCAGGCAGACCUGCAGCGGCGCCUAAAGGAGGCGAGAAAGGAAGCCAAGGAAGCACUGGAGGCCAAGGAGCGCUACAUGGAGGAGAUGGCUGACACGGCCGACGCCAUUGAAAUGGCCACGCUGGACAAGGAAAUGGCCGAGGAGCGUGCAGAGUCCCUGCAGCAGGAGGUGGAGGCACUCAAGGAGCGUGUGGAUGAGCUCACCACGGACCUGGAGAUCCUCAAGGCCGAGAUUGAAGAGAAAGGCUCAGACGGGGCAGCAUCCAGCUACCAGCUCAAGCAGCUCGAGGAACAGAAUGCCCGCCUCAAGGACGCCCUCGUGCGGAUGCGGGAUCUGUCUUCCUCUGAGAAGCAGGAGCAUGUGAAACUGCAGAAGCUCAUGGAAAAGAAAAACCAGGAGCUGGAGGUCGUGCGGCAGCAGCGGGAACGCCUACAGGAGGAGCUGGCCCAGGCUGAGGGCACCAUCGAUGAGCUGAAGGAGCAGGUGGACGCUGCGCUGGGUGCGGAGGAGAUGGUGGAGAUGCUCACGGACCGGAACCUGAAUCUGGAAGAAAAAGUCCGGGAAUUGAGAGAGACUGUGGGGGACCUGGAAGCCAUGAACGAGAUGAACGAUGAGCUGCAGGAGAACGCUCGAGAGACCGAGCUGGAGCUGCGUGAGCAGCUGGACAUGGCAGGCGCUCGGGUGCGCGAGGCCCAGAAGCGGGUGGAAGCGGCCCAGGAGACGGUGGCUGACUAUCAGCAGACCAUUAAGAAGUACCGCCAGCUCACGGCCCAUCUGCAGGAUGUGAAUCGGGAACUGACGAACCAGCAGGAAGCAUCAGUAGAGAGGCAGCAGCAGCCGCCUCCAGAGACUUUUGACUUCAAGAUUAAGUUUGCCGAGACGAAGGCCCAUGCCAAGGCCAUCGAGAUGGAGCUGAGGCAGAUGGAGGUCGCCCAGGCCAACCGACACAUGUCCCUGCUGACAGCCUUCAUGCCAGACAGCUUCCUUCGUCCGGGUGGGGACCACGAUUGCGUCCUGGUGCUGCUCCUCAUGCCCCGUCUCAUCUGCAAGGCUGAGCUAAUCAGAAAGCAGGCCCAGGAGAAGUUUGAGUUGAGCGAGAAUUGUUCCGAGCGACCGGGGCUGCGCAGUGCUGCAGGAGAACAGCUGAGCUUUGCUGCGGGGCUGGUGUAUUCACUGAGUCUGCUGCAAGCCACGCUCCACCGCUAUGAGCAUGCCCUCACUCAGUGCAGUGUGGAUGUGUACAAGAAGGUGGGCAGCCUGUACCCCGAGAUGAGCGCCCACGAGCGCUCCCUGGACUUCCUCAUCGAGCUGCUGCAUAAGGACCAGCUGGAUGAGACCGUCAAUGUGGAGCCUCUCACCAAGGCCAUCAAGUACUAUCAGCACCUAUUCAGCAUCCACCUUGCCGAGCAGCCCGAGGACAGCACAAUGCAGCUGGCUGACCACAUCAAGUUCACCCAGAGUGCCCUGGACUGCAUGAGUGUGGAGGUGGGCCGGCUGCGAGCCUUCCUGCAGGGUGGGCAGGAGGCCUCAGAUAUUGCCCUACUGCUCCGGGACCUGGACACAUCUUGUAGUGACAUCCGCCAGUUCUGCAAGAAGAUCCGCAGGCGCAUGCCAGGAACUGAUGCACCUGGGAUUCCUGCUGCCCUGGCCUUUGGGCCACAGGUGUCCGACACCCUCCUGGACUGCAGGAAGCACCUGACGUGGGUGGUGGCUGUGCUGCAGGAGGUGGCGGCUGCUGCCGCUCAGCUUAUUGCCCCACUGGCAGAGAACGAGGGCCUACCUGUGGCUGCUCUGGAGGAGUUGGCUUUCAAAGCCAGUGAGCAGAUCUACGGGACGCCGUCCAGCACCCCCUAUGCCUGCCUGCGCCAGUCAUGUACCAUCCUCAUCAGCACCAUGAACAAGCUGGCCACAGCCAUGCAGGAGGGCGAGUACGAUGCUGAGCGGCCCCCCAGCAAGCCACCCCCGGUGGAGCUGCGGGCCGCAGCCCUGCGGGCAGAAAUCACAGAUGCCGAGGGCUUGGGCUUGAAGCUGGAAGAUCGAGAGACUGUGAUCAAGGAGUUGAAGAAGUCGCUCAAGAUAAAGGGUGAGGAGUUGAGCGAGGCCAAUGUGCGGCUGAGCUUGCUGGAGAGGAAGCUGGACAGUGCUGCCAAGGAUGCCGACGAGCGCAUGGAGAGAGUGCAGGCACGGCUGACGGAGACGCAGGCGCUGCUGCGGAAGAAGGAGAAGGAAUUCGAGGAGACCAUGGACACGCUCCAGGCAGACAUCGAUCAGCUGGAGGCCGAGAAGGCAGAGCUGAAGCAGCGGCUGAGCAGCCAAUCUAAGCGUAUGGUCGAGGGGCUUCGGGGCACCCCACCCUCCGGCAUAGCCACCCUGGUUUCCGGCAUUGCCGGUGAAGAACAGCAGCGAGGAGGUGCUGCUGGGCAGGCCCCGGGCCCCGGGAUGGUGAAAGACUCACCGCUGCUGCUCCAGCAGGUCUCAGCCCUGCGGCUGCACCUGGCCCAGCUGCAGCAUGAGAACAGCGUCCUCAAGGGGGCCCAGAUGAAGGCUUCUCUGGCAGCGCUGCCCCCUCUGCACGUGGCCAAGCUAUCACUGCCACAGGAGGGCCCUGACACCAAGCUGGGUACUGGAGCCCUGUACCGCAAGACCAACCAGCUCCUGGAAACUCUGAACCGGCUUAGUGUGCACACACAUGUUGUGGACAUCACACGUGCCAGCCCAGCCGCCAAGAGCCCAUCGGCCCAGCUCCUGGAGCAGGUGGCUCAGCUCGAGUCCCUCAGCGACACCAUUGAGAAGCUCAAGGAUGAAGUCCUCAAGGAGACAGUGUCGCAGCGUCCUGGAGCCAUGGUCCCCACAGACUUUGCCACUUUUCCUUCCACGGCCUUCCUCAGGGCCAAGGAGGAGCAGCGGGAAGACACAGUCUACGUGGGCAAAGUGACCUUCCCGUGUACAGCCGGCCUUGGGCAGCGGCAUCGGCUGGUGCUGACCCAGGAACAGCUGCAUCAACUCCAUGGCCGCCUCAUCUCCUGAUCGCUGCCACUCCCUCAUCCCCUCCUGUCCCCUGGGGCCUGGACAGCACUUAAUGCACCACUGCUCCACCGGCUCCCCGCCUGCUGCUCUGCUGGAACCCGAGGCUGCUUCCUGAACCCAUGGGGGCCGGCUGAGGCCCACUGCCUCAGGCUGAGUGAGGCCCCGGUGAAGACUGACUCCUGUAUUAAAGUGACUUCUGCUUCUGUGUGUGU